AAUCCAUUUUGCAACGGUCAUUUUCCUUGGUUUAAGAUCUUACCCAAAACACAGAGCAAAAUCCCUAUUAAGAAGCAGAAACCCUAGAAAGUUACAGAAAAAAAGGUCUAAGGUUUUAGAAAAAAGCAAUUCUAAAAAAGUUUAAUUCGAAGAGAACCAAACAAUGGGGAUUUCGGAGCAAGAACAAGUUUCUGAUCAUUGUCACGAUGUGGAAGAAGAUGAAUCUAACACUGAGGAUUGUGAUUCAGAUGAUUCCCAAGAAGACCCCACCUUCGACGUUCUUGAGGAGACUCGAUCUAGCUUUUCAAGGCUCUCAAUCAAGAAGAAAUCCAAAUCUCGUAUUGUCAAGGAAAUGGAUGAUGAUGCUGAGGGAGACCUAGAUGUUGUAGAAAUGGUUGUGCCAGAGCUUGAUGAAGCCGACCAGAAAAGUUUUGAGGUUAUUCACAAAAUCAUACAAGUUGGGCAAGUAGAUAAACUAAAAGUGGAUCAGUGUAAGGUUUAUUUGAGGAAAUACGGGUUAAGGUUGACUGGCAACAAAGAUACACUCAUUGGGCGCAUCAAGGAGCAUUUAGAUAUUCUCAAUGGUGGGGGAGAGAAGAAGUACCCAAUAUCUAGCUUUGUAUUCAACUGUAAGGGUGAUGCAUGCAUGGGAGAUGUUGUUAUGUUUGAGCAAAAUGUUUGCGAAAUGUUCAACAUUGCUUCUAGGAGUGCUGGUGGUCCUCCAUGUGGAAUGAGAACUGUAGCAGGCCGCAUUGUGAAAGAAAGCUAUGGUGCUGCAAAGCAACAGCAUACAUUUACGAUUGAAGUAUUAUGGAGCAAAGGGGAAAAACCACUCUCUCCACUUCAUCCCCUCCUAAUUAAGGGCAGAAACCUUUACAAGCUAAAGACAAUGAGACAGAAAUGGGAAGAUGAAGGUGAAAGGCAGAAAAUUUUGUUCGAAAAGCAUAGUAGAGGUUCUCUUGCCCGCUUGAAUAGGGAAUCACGAAUUGUAGAGAAGGAAAAAUUGAAGGAACUCAAGGCAAAUAGAAAAACUGGCAAGCCAUUCUCGAGAGUGGAAGUUCAGAAGGGUAAACGAGAAGAGAACAAAGGACAGACAUUUCAAUCUCCUCAAAAGAAAAUUCCUAUGCAAAAUGAAUGCUACUUAAAAACUUACAAAGAGAACAAUUAUGAAGGUUUCCAUCAGAGGCAGCCUAGUUUGUUUUCUAAUGCAAAUGUGACAUCCCAUGGUUUCCACCAGAGGCAGCCUAGUUUAGUUCCUACUGCAAACGUGACAUCCGAAGGUUUCCAUCAGAGGCAGCCUUUGACAAGCAUGAAUUGUAACCCCCCGAGUACAUUUCGAAGGCCUUUGACUCCCUCAAGGGGUCAAUUCCGAAGCAGUAGUCAUGAACAAAGCAUGAAGUCUGGUCCUCCAUGGAGUCCACUUCGAAGGCCUUCGACUCCUUCAAGGGGUCAAUUCCAAAUGCAGCAGGGCUGCGAGCAAAGCACAAAUUUUAAUGCUUCAAGGAUUCCAUUUCAAAGGGAGAAUCAAGAGCACAACUUGAACUCCAAACGUUCAAUGGGUCCAUUCCAAGGACAUGGUGGUCCUGAAAGGAAGCAAUUGUGCCGGCACUAUGCUCAAGGAAGGUGCUGGUAUGGAGAUCAAUGCAAGUACCUACACUAGCGGAGAGAGAAUCAAAAUUAUUGUCAAAGGAAAGAAAGAAGGCAACCACAUUUUCCUUGACAAUGAUUAGAUCAAUCAUCGAACAACAUCUUGCUGAUAUUUUUUGUUUGAGCUAUGUGGUUCAGCUUCUAGUCUGAACUUCUAAUUUUUUGUGCAAGGUUUAGUGGCUCCUUAUCAGCUUUUGUGGUAUGAAGUUUGAAUAUUUCAGCAUCAUUGAGCAUUUGAGCUAUGUGGUUCAGCUUUCUAGUCUGAACUCACUAAUUAUUUGAGGAGCACAAUGAGACAAGUGAAAUAAUACUAUACUC